AUGGCCACCGAAGAUGAUAACUUCGACAUUGACAUCUAUGGAGAUGGUAGCGGUUCCAACGAGCCUGCUGAGUUCAAGCAUGAAGAUUCCGAUCUUGUGCUCGAUGCCCCGGAGAAUCUUCCUCAGGCUAACCUCCAGCAAAAUCGGACCCAGAACGACGUCCAGGCUGACCACCCACCUGUUCAGACCCAGCCUGCCUCGGACAAUGGCAACCAGGCAGGACCUCAGCAAUCCCAGCACACUCUUCCCGCGCCUCCUCAGGGAACCAAGCGCAAGGACUAUGACGGUCGCUCAACCGAUCCUGCGGCUACGACUGCGCUUCUGAUCUCGGACAUGUCGUGGUGGACCACCGACGAUGAUAUCCGGGGCUGGGUGAACCGAGCUGGUGCCGAGCAGGAGCUAAAGGAUGUGACCUUCAGCGAACAUAAGGUCAACGGCAAGAGCAAAGGACAAGCCUUUGUCGAGUUCACUACCCCGCAGGCAGCCACUGCAACAAAGCACAGCAUUGACAGCGAUGCUACACUCAAGCUUCCCGUGCAGUACACGAGCCCACACUCGAACCCAUUCCGCACCCUGCCUAAGGAUGCUCCCAUGCGCAAUGACCGCGGUCGGGGAGGCGGCUUCAAUGCCGGGGGCGGUGGAAACUUCCACCACAAUAUGGGUAGCAACAACUACCGUGGCCGCGGCAAUUACAACAAUCGUGGUGUGGGUGGCAUGAACAACAACUUCAGCAACCGUGGCGGUGGUUUCGGACAUAUGAAUAACUUCGCUCCCAACAUGAUGGGCCCCGGCACUUUCCCAACUGGCCCCAUGGGCAUGCAAAACUAUGGCUACAACAACCGCGGCAGUAUGAUGGGCAACCCUAUGCGCGGCGGUCCCGGUGCUAUGCGUGGUAGUCGCGGAGGAAACAUGGGUGGCCCCGGUAUGAUGGGAAUGCCUGGAAUGAGCCCCAUGGGUGGAAUGCCCAUGAACCCCAUGGGAGGUAUGAACCCCAUGAUGGGAAACAUGGGAAACAAUAUGGGGAUGCAGGGUGGCCAGGGCUUCCAGGGCCCCAACCCUAACUUCAACCAGGGGAGCAACUAUUUCAACCCCAACCAGAGCAACCAGAACAGCGGCAACAACAACAACCAGGGCGGCAGCAGCAACCAGGGAGGUGCCUCCGAAGGCCCCUGGAACCCCCAUGGCAACAAGCGCAGCCGUCAGGACUAG